CCGGCCGAUCGGCUGCUGUACGCGAAGACGGCCAGAUCGACUCACUGACGUGGUCAACGGGAUCUGCUGCAAACAAUUGCUGCUGUGAAAGCAGUGCAUGAACGAAUAAACUUAGCUUAAAAGCGGCUACGAAGCAGCCAAACAUCUAUUUCGUUCAUACAAAUCAAAAAUCUUUGUGUAGUGAUCUUCUGGCGGACUGGACUCAGGGUCUCUUACCAAUGGAGGACGGCUGCUUCACGCUAGCUGCCCCUCUCGAGGAUGGUGACGUUCAGGAAAUGUCUAUUCGGUCGGAUUUCGAAAAGUGUGAUUUGAAACGUCAGACAAAAGCUCUCGAGCAGCUUAUCAACAAGAUGAUGCAUGGAGAGAAAUUUUCAUCUGCAAUGUUGAUGUCAGUUAUACGAUUUCUUCUGCCAACAAGCGAUCAUACUAUCAAGAAGCUGCUGUUGAUUUAUUGGGAGAUUGUUCCUAAGCGCGAUGCCAAUGGUAAGUUACUACAGGAGAUGAUUCUUGUCUGCGAUGCUUACCGGAAAGAUCUGCAGCACCCUAAUGAGUUUAUUCGCGGAUCUACGCUACGUUUCUUGUGCAAGCUUCAAGAGCCAGAGCUUCUAGAACCUCUCAUACCUGCUAUGACGGCUUGUCUCCAGCAUCGCCAUAGCUAUGUGCGCAAAAACGCUGUCCUGGCGAUUCUUCAAGUGUAUCGCAACUUCAGCCAGUUAAUCCCUGAUGCUCCUGAGCUCAUUGCCGAGUCCUUGGACAUCGAACACGAUCAAUCGUGUCGGCGAAACGCAUUCCUGGCGCUGCAGAUGCUUGAUCCUGACCGGGCGCUUAAUUAUCUCGCGGAGAUCGCUGAUCAAGUUGAGCGGCUAAACGAGCCCCUACAGCUAAUAAUCAUCAAGUUCAUUUAUGAGGUCUGCCACGCCCAGCCUUCGGAGCGGGGCAAAUUUAUCAAAAUGGUGUACUCGCUCUUAAACUCGACAUCGCCUUCUGUGAAGUUUGAAGCGGCUGGCGUUCUGGUCACUUUGAGUCAGGCUCCCGCCGCUGUACGUGCAGCGGCCGGCGCUUAUAUCGACCUCGUCGUCCGCAGUGGCGACAAUAAUGUAAAGCUCAUUGUGCUUGAUAAGCUCAUCUCACUGAAGGAUGAGCAUGGAAAACUGCUUCAGGACAUUGUUAUGGAUUUGUUCCGCGUGUUGGGAGCUUCCGACCUUGAGGUGCGCCGCAAAGCUCUGCGCCUUGCUCUUGACCUAGUCAGCGUAAAGUAUGCACCUGAAAUGGUCGGUGCAUUGGGAAAGGAAAUAGCCAAAAGCGAAGGGGCCACGGCUGACAACACAGAUCAACGUUAUCGAGAGCUGCUUGUGAAGACACUUCAUCGUUUGGCCGUCAAAUACCCUGAUCUAAUGCAAGAGGUCGUUCCUGUGGUUCUGGAUCUUCUGUCAGACUCUAACGAAACCGUCGCUGAAGCAGUUCUCACUUUUGCACGCGAAGUUCUCCACAAGUUCGAACAUGCACGAAGCCUUAUCAUUGGUAAACUUAUCGAAGUGUUUUCACUAAUUAAUGACGAUGCGACGACUCACCGUAGUGCGCUUUGGCUCCUUGGCGAGUACUGUUCGACACCCACACAGAUCCUGGCAUUCAUCGACUGCGUUCGCGAUGGUCUUGGUGGCCUGCCGUUAAUCGAGAAUGAAAAGGAAGGAGGAAUAGAGGAUGACGAUGAUCAGCACGAUAAAGACAAGGACAGUAAAGUAAAUGGUUCAGCUGACGUUCCUGUCACGGUGACCCGAGUAACCGCCGAUGGAACGUACGCCACACAGACGGCGCUUACAGUAGAGACCAAAGUCGACAAAGACAAGAGGCAGCCAGCUCUACGGCAGUACCUGCACGAUGGUGACUUCUUUAUCGGUGCCGCCCUCGCGUCCGACCUAGUCAAGGCUUCUCUGCGGUAUGUCCAGCUCGAACAGGAUCAGAAAGCGGUGAAUGAAUUCAUUGCUUGCUCGAUGCUGAUAUUGACGUCAAUUUUGCGUUACGGUCAAUCCGAUAUUCCGAAGAAGCCGAUUAGUGAAGAUGAUGUCAAGAAGAUAUCGAUGUGCCUCAAGGUGCUCAUGGAGAACUUGUAUAACGACCAACUAGACUUAGUCGGCCAGACCCGUGAGGCGCUUGACCAUAUGCUUGCUAUCAAAAGUGAUCAGGAAUCUCGAUUAGAGGAGAAGGCAUCGGCUGGUUCUCGAGAAACGCAGGCCAACAAAAAAGAGACGAGUACAGGGGUAGAUGACGGUAUAUUAUUUGGCUUAUUGACGCCGAAAGGAGGCGCGAGCACUCAAAAAGAAAACAUUUUUGAGACGUCACUUGCGCAGGCCGUUCAGGGAAGCCGAGAAAUCAACACAGGCGAUUUGCUCAAGAACUCGAAGCUGUCAAAAAUGACACAGCUGACCGGUUUAUGCGAUCCGGUUUAUGCGGAAGCCUACGUGCAGGCUACAGAAUUUGAUAUCAGUUUAGAUGUAGUUGUCGUGAAUCAAACAAGUGAUAUGUUGCAAAACUGUUUGCUUGAACUCGCAACUCUAGGUGACGACCUGAAGCUUCUCCAGAAGCCAACCUCUGUGACACUGGCUCCUUUCGAUUUCUGCAAUAUGAAAGCUACGAUCAAGGUAGCAGCUGCCGAUAACGGUACAAUAUUCGGCAAUAUCGUUUACGAUGUUAAAGGAACAACAAAUGUGGUCGUUCUUAACGACAUUAAGAUCGAUAUUAUUGAUUACAUCGUGCCAUCUGUCUGUUCUGAUGAGGACUUCCGCAAAAUGUGGGCAGAAUUCGAGUGGGAGAACAAGGUUUCGGUAAACACUACUCUCUCGGACCUUAACGAAUAUUUGCAGUCGCUGAUCAGCGCCACAAAUAUGGCGUGUCUCACACCCGAACGGGCACUACAGGGUGACUGCGGCUUUUUAGCAGCCAACCUGUACGCGAAAAGUAUUUUUGGCGAGCAUGCCGUAGCUAACGUGUCAAUCGAACGUCACUCCAGCUCGCCACAAUCGCAAAAUCGGUACUCGCACAUCACCGGACACAUUCGCAUUCGUGCAAAGAGUCAAGGUAUGGCGAUCUGCAUUGGCGACAAGAUGAACCAAGUCCAACGUCAAGCUAUACCAGUGGUUAUGCAGCCCACGGCGCAACAACACCAAGCCCCCAACGCACAAUUACAACAAAUGCCUCCUAUGGUACAGGCUUCUGCGUAAAAUCCAGCAAGAAUACAAUGAAGAACCAACGCAGUCUCUGACAGCGACGGCAGAAAUAGUAUGAAUUAGUCGUCAGGCGAUGGUAAUAACGGGAAGAUACUCGUACAAAUUGGACUUUACAUUUGCAGGCUACAUUGUUGAUAUAUUUAUUACGUGUGCUUGAUUGUUUCAAUACUAAUAGACCAACCAGCCGUGGUAGCCCUAGAAAACCCUAGGUGUUGGAAGGACUAGUUUAGCAACAACAAUAUAAACAUAUUGGAAUGACAGAACAAGUAGAUUCAAUGUCUAAUCAGAAAUUUAGGGGACGAUCGGUGAAGCCUGAGACAAUGCAGAACAGAAGCAUUGACACUAAACUUCCUUGUGGUUGAUUUGUACUGUUGACUAACACACGCGGUUGCCUUUUACAUCAGGAGUUACAUAUGAUUUCUGCGCAUCAAUAUUACUAUAAGCAAAUCGACCUUUGUAUUAUUCCUCGGCUUAUACAAUAUUAUUAUAAUAGUCAUAUUAUUAUAAAAACGGAUAAUGUUCUUCAAAUUUGCGUACGAACAUUUUUGCUUGGUGAUAUAGAGGACGAGGCCGGUUGAAGAAGAACAGCGUGUUUUUUAUUUCCAAAGGCCGAACAAUCAGUCGAGUUGACAGUUGCAGUGGGAAAACUAGGAACUGGUGUGUGAGGCUGAAGCGUUCUUCAGCAGCAUGCGUGGUAUAUAAAUAUAGCUAAGUGACGUAUGGAUAUCAAUAUAAGUUGGCGACCACGACCGAACCAGCUCGAGGCGGUGGUAAUAAAGGGUGCAACUGUGCUCUGAAGGGUUUUCUGUAGCCAAUGAUCUUUUGUUCCCCUACUGACAGCCGAAAAUAUAAAUAUAAAUACUACAAUGUGUUUGAGGUUAAAUGAGACACACGUGAAUAGAAGCAACAGCAGGUAAGCUGUCCGUUGAUGAAAGUCGCUAUGGAAUAAUGGCAUAGUAAAGGAGAAGAGGCGAACGAGCCAAGGACCGUUUUGGUAACAAGGCAUGUGCCGUUCAGUUUAUUUUUAAAUAAAUACCAUUUUAUCAAACUGUGUA